AUGUCAGACAUUAAAGAUAUUCUUGGAGUUACACCAACCAAGGAAGCACCUUCGACUGGGAGUGCUGUUGAUUCAAUCUUGAAGAAGAAGGUUGUUAAAACACCUAAUAAAGAACCAUUAAGAGGACAAUCAAUUAUAGAUAGAUUACAAAGUACAUUUAGAGCACUUGAAGGUGAAACAUUAUCAUUCUCAUCUCCAGUCACUCAACAAGCAUUCAAAGAAAAGAGAAAGAUUAAAGUAAACUUUGAAAAGAGAGGUUUUAGAAAUAGUUCAAGAAAAGAUAAUUUGGUAUUAUAUCAUUGGGCUAAAUCAAGUGAUAAAGUUGAUGAGAAUAAAUAUGCAAAAUAUAAUAAAAAGAUGGAAGUAUUGGUAUAUACUGAAGAGGAAUAUGAUCUCUAUUUAAGAGAUCCAAAUUGGACAAAAGAAGAUACAGAUAAACUAUUGGAUCAAUGUCAAAAAUAUGAUACUAGAUUUAUUAUUGUUCAUGAUCGUUAUAAUGGAUUGGUACCAAGAUCGGUUGAAGAUCUAAAAGAACGUUAUUACAAAAUACAAUCAAAACUAGUAGAAUUAAGAACUAAAGCUGAAGAAGAUCCAUAUCAUAAUCCAUUAACUGGUUAUAAUUAUAAUAAGAUUUAUGAAGUUGAAAGAAAAUUACAAGCUGAUCAAUUAUUUCAACUUUCAAAAGAACAAGUACAAGAAGAAAAUGAUCUAUCUGAAAAAUAUUUUAAUAUUGAAAGACAUUUAUUAAAACAUAGCAAGGAAAGUAAAUCAAUUAUGAAAUUAGCAGCAACAGCAAUAUCAAAUGGACCAUUAAAAAGUUAUAGUCAACAAGAUUUGGCAGAAAAGAGUCAAACAGGAGAUUCAGCGAUAAAGAAGAGUAAAAAGAGAAAGUCGAUGGAGGCAUCGUUACAGGCUCAAGAUGACAAGAUAUCGCCUGCUGGACAGAGACAGUCGAAUCGUGUUGAAGCAACUCUCUUUGACAUGCAUAUUGGACAACCAUACUCUAAUGUGAUUGCCAAACGUGUAUACAAUGAUUUGAAACAGGAUAUGAUGAUUCUACUCGACCUUCAACGAUACUUUAUCGAGAAACGUUAUCAUUUAGAGAUACUUAAAAAACAAAAAGAAUUUUUGGAAAAAGAGAUUCAAGAUAUGAAUCUUCCAGAGGAAGCAUUACUGUUAGAGGUGGAAGAAGAUGAACCCGAGCAACAACAAGUUACAACAGAGCAGACUACCGCUGUCGCUGUUGCUGCAAAUAAUAAUGUUGCCGAUCAAACUCCAUUCCAAAUCUAUGGUACUGGUGCUCCAAUUGAUCCAACUGCUUCUUCUUCUUCAACUGUACCAUCAUCCACUGUAGAUUUAUCAAUAUCCUCUUCAUCUGUAUCUUUAGCUCCUACUACACCCAAACAAUCUUUGUCGGUAUCGGUCGACUCUACUUCUUCGUCAACAGUUGCUACACCACUUGCAUCGGCUGCUGAUCAACCAACUAAAAAGGUGUCAAAGAAAAAGGCACGUGCAUUGGCAGCCGAGGCAGAGAGCGAAUCGACUGCUGCAGCCGAGGUUGAACAACCCGCCACGAAAAAGAAAAAGACACCUUCCAAAUCAACAAAGAAAAGCAGUGCACCUGCAACAGAAGCAACAGAUAAUUUUACAAUCAAUGUGGAGAGUAUGAGUGAUGAUCAGUCAGCUGCAGCUGCCACUACCACCACCCCAAAACCAUCAAAAAGAAAAUCAAAAAAGGCAGAACCAACUCCACCAGUCACUGAAAAGAAAUCAGCAAGCAAAAAGAAAUCGACUACCACUAGUACAAGUAAAAAGAAAUCAACUCCCAAUCUUAAUUUAUCACCUCUUCCUCCUCCUUCUUUUAACUAA